AUGAAUUCAAACAACAAACAAGUUAUUAAUCAUGAAUCUAUGCCGAAGAUCACGGUUCGCUCACACGAUGUAGAUGACAACGAUGGCUCCAAGGAACAGGGUAAUACGCAUAUAUUUGCUAUUUAUCCAUCAUCACUGUCCUUUGAAAAUGGUUCUACGAUAACAGCAGAAGCUUUUAAAGCAUCAAUGUCUAUCGAAAUUAAAGAAGUAUCAAUUUAUCAUAUACGGACGAAUCGAGAGCGAAACAUUAUACUUGGGACUCUUUCAAUGAUCGCUUUUCUGCUUCCAUUCUGUGAUACCGUAUACUUGCCUGCGCUGAACGCUAUCACUGAUAGUUUAAAGACAUCCGAUACGUUCGUAGUUAUUAGUAUAUCCAUAUACCUAUUUAUGAGUGGUUUAUUCAGCCUUAUCUGGGGAUCAAUAUCGGAUCGAUUCGGUCGCAAGUAUACAAUGAUUGUGGCACUCACUAUCUUCGUUCUAGCAUCUAUCGUGUGCAUAUUUGCUCCAAAUAUUAUGGUUUUUAUUGUAUCUCGUGCCAUCGAAGGUGGUGCUGUGUCAUCAACAUUAGUCAUUGGUCAAGCUUUAAUGACUGAUAUCUAUCCUGAAGAGAAACGUGGAUCAAUAACAGGAUUCUUCUUUCUGCCUUUCAAUAUUGGACCAGUGAUAGGUCCUUUAAUUGGUGGUCCGUUAUCAGAUACAUUCGGUUGGCGCACGAUGCUUAUUUUUGUACCGGAAACCCAUCAGCACUUUGUUCAAGAGCGUUUCCAUAAGGACAAUCCCAGUAAACGUAUAAUUGAUGCUAUAUACAACAAGAAACCUCGGUUUGAAAAGCCAUGGAAGUCGCUGACGUAUUUGAAUGAUUUAACAAUAAUUCCUUAUAUUGCCGUAUCAGCAUCAACUUUUGCCACUUUAUAUACUAGUCUUAGUCUGUCAUCGACUUAUCUUCAUCAGAAUCCAUAUAAUUAUUCAGAAACAAUUAUAGGUGUUCUGUUCGUACCAUGUGGAGUCGCCAUGUUCACAGCAAGUCUUCUCGGUGGAUGGAUAUCAGAUAAAGCAAGCAACUACUUUGGACGCGAAAAAUGCCCUGAAGGACGUCUUGUGCCGGGUCUCAUUUUAUCUACAUGUACUCCUAUAGGACUAAUGAUUUAUGGAUGGACAUUCCACUACAAGACUCAUCUAAGUGGACCACUUAUUGGUCAAAUUUUGCUCAGCUUUGGUCAAGCCAUUCUCGAACCCGCUGUGUCGUCUUAUUUAACAAUUAAGAAACCGGAAGAAGCAGCAGCAAUAUGUGCUGUCAAUACCUUUGCCAACUUUUGUGCCGCCGGUGUCAUUCUGACAGGUGCGAUUCCUCUUGAGAGUGUAAUUGGUACUGGGCCGUUCUUCUGUCUCAUGUGUAGCAUCAAUGUUUUCACUAUUGGAUUUGCCAGUAUACUGGUUGUUAAAUGUAUCAAACGAAGAAAACAUACCGUUGAGCCACACAAUUGUAUGUAA